AAAAAUGAUCCUUAUUUUUCUCUUCAUGUUACUUGUGCAUUCCUCAGCUAAUGAAACAAAAUUUGUAUACAAUGGUUUCCAAGGAUCCAUUAAUAAACUCCAUCUAGAUGGACUUGCAAGCAUACUCCCAAAUGGUGUUCUCCAAAUCACCAACUCAAGUCAAUCACUCCAACAUAUUUCCCAUGCUUUCUACCCACAUCCUAUCUUCUUCAAACCAAACCAUCUAUCAUUCUCUACCACCUUUGUUUUUGCAAUGAAUCGUCUAGCACGAACUAAAGCCCGCGAUUCAGGAAUCAUAUUCGCUAUCGCUAGUUUAAUUGCAAACUUCAACAAGGCCAUCCCACUCACAUCCUGCCUAUCACCACACCAUAUUUUUGCUGUGGUUUUACAGGCUUCGAAAGUUAAUAUAAAUUUGAAUAGUUUAGUUCCUAUCGAUUCUGUUUUAGGAGCAUACUAUUUGGAUAAAGAAGGGGUGAAUAAAACUCUUGUACUAAAUAGUGGUAAACCCGUACAGAUUUGGAUAGAUUAUAAUGAUACAGAGUUGUUGGUUAAUGUAACAUUAGCUCCCUUCGGGCAUCCCAAGCCUAGCAGGUGUCUUUUGUCGAGGCAUAUCAAUUUUUCGACAGCAGUACUUCAAAAUAUGUAUACCGGUUUCUCUUAUUGUACUAAUCAUGUGAGCUCGAAUAAUCAGUACAUACUAGGAUGGAGUUGGAACCAAAAUGGGAAAGCGGAAGAUUUAGACCCUUCUAAGCUUCCAUCUCUUCCGCGAAUCAGACAUAAAAGACAUGGCAUACUUAUUGGGUUGAUUGCUGUUCUAGUCGUGCUGAUAAUGGUUGUUUCAGCAGGUUGGAUUUCAUGGAAGAAGAAGUUUCAAGAGUUGCUUGAACCUUGGGAGAAGGAAUAUGCUUCACAAAGAUUUCUAUACCGGGAUCUUUAUGUGGCAACAAAGGGUUUUAGAAGCUCUGAACUUCUUGGAGUUGGCGGUUUUGGUAAGGUCUACAAGGGAGUAUUGCCUUCUACAAAUGUCGAAGUUGCUGUGAAACGAGUCUCUCAUAAUUCUAAGCAAGGGAUAAGAGAAUUUGUGGCCGAGAUUUCUAGUAUGAGAAGGUUAAGUCAUAGAAACUUGGUACAACUUCUAGGGUAUUGUAGGAAAGAAGGAAAGCUAUUUUUGGUUUAUGAGCAUAUGGCUAAUGGAAGUCUUGAUAAAUUCCUCUUUAGCCAAGAUAAGAAAUUAAGUUUAACUUGGCCUUUGAGAUUGAAAAUCGUUGAGGGGGUGGCGUCAGCCCUUCUAUACCUACACGAGGGGUGGGAACAAGUAGUCCUUCAUCGAGAUGUGAAGGCAAGCAAUGUUCUGUUAGAUGCCAAGAUGAAUGCAAAGCUCGGAGAUUUUGGCCUUGCAAGACUUUACGAUCAUAAUAAUGAUCCUCGAACCACUCACGUGGUUGGAACGAUAGGAUAUAUUGCACCAGAGGUGAGUAGAACACAGAAACCUACCACUAAAGCCGAUGUGUAUGCUUUUGGAAUGUUCUUACUCGAAGUGGGUUGUGGAAGGAGGCCGAUUGGCAUACAGCGUGAAACUGGUGAAGAGGAUUUUCUAAGUGACCGCGUUUAUGAUUGUUGGAAGAGGGGAGAAAUUCUUAAGGCAAGCGAUCCUAAGAUGAAAGGCGACUAUCAGGAAAAGGAAAUGGAACUUGUAUUGAAGUUAGGACUACUGUGUUUGCAUCCGAAGGCUAAGGAAAGGCCUACAAUGAGACAAGUAGUUCAGUUUCUUGACGGAAGUUUAACUCUGCCUGAUUUAACAUCUGAAUAUGAUAUCGAAAGCCAUAGUUGGUUUUGGGAAGGUUGGAGAAAAACGUAUUCAUUAACAACAUCAAAUGGAGCUGAAACUUAUGGAAUAAUGUCGAGCACAAAUUCAGUUCUACAAUAUGGACGUUGAGACAUAGAUUAUUAUACCAGAAUUGUACAGUUAUACUUAUCUGUUGUAAAGAAUGAAGGCUAUAGAUAUAGAUUAGGAUUUAACAAUGUAAUUAGCAAUACACUCCUAUAAUGUUAGCUAUACAUCUUAUUAUGUUGUGUAAUUUUGUAACAAGUUCUUAUUGCAGUAAUGUAAUGAUAAUUACC